CAGGAGUUUGCAAACGACGUGAGCAAACCUCGGAUGUCGCAUAAAAUUGUUGUCGCUAGAUGGUAGCACCAAAAAUGUUCGCAAUCACGCUCUGGAUAGGAAUGGACAAACUGUUGAUAACUGUGCACAUCAGACGCAUAGCGGUAUUGAACGCACCCGCGAGGCCCGCUAAUAACUAAUGUGAACUUGGCGGGAAGUGCAGAGCUACUAAGCGAAAGGUAGGAGUGUUCGUGAAGUGGAGCAUAUUUUAUUUCUUUAAAAAUGCCAGCUGAUCAGAUCCAGUAUUCCGAGAAGUACUUUGACGAUAAAUAUGAAUAUAGGCAUGUCAUUUUGCCACCAGACAUUGCGAAGCAUGUACCGAAAUCACAUUUAAUGACAGAAACCGAGUGGAGAAACCUUGGAGUUCAGCAGAGCCCUGGCUGGGUUCACUAUAUGAUGCAUUCACCAGAGCCACAUGUGCUGCUGUUCCGACGUGUGCAUACAGAAGUUCCACAAGGCUCUACUUCACAUGCAACUGCAGCCAGGUGUGUUGCUGUUAAAUAAUCUGUAUUUGUUACUGUUUAUGAAAAGAAAAAGACAAUGUGCAUUGCUGUUAUGCUAAAGAUUUAAAUGUAUAAUAAGAAGACUAGCAGUUUACUUUGCUGCUAAUUGAAAGUGAUUUUGGUAUGUCAAUUUUGUAGUCCUACAUUGUAUAUUAAUAUUUUUUCAAUAAAAAUUAUGUUCAUAAU